AUGAGGAAGAACAUUACGCCUUCAUCAGUAAUAUACGACCCUUGCGCACCUGUUGAUCCGGCGCGACUGGAAAAACUGAAGCAACACAUUAAGGCAAUUCCACCCAAACCACCAGCACCUAAAGAUAAACCAGUAGAACCCUCAGCUGAUCAUGAGAGUGACUUCUACAGCAUACUCAUGCAUGAAAGACCGUGGCCUGACAAAGAAUAUGGAUGGGUGUUUGAUAAUCAUAUCGCUGCGUAUAUGAACGUCCUCAUACAAAGGUCCAUGCGAGAUCCCACUCCAUUCUGGUCCAAGCGGAUUGGUUUCAUAGACCCUUGGUUGUUAAGUUCUUGGGCUUCCCUCGAUUACAGGCAGUUCAGGAUGAAACCUGCUUCGUUCAAGUUCAAAGACAGUGGUUAUGAAGCGUUGGUAAACGGGAGAUUCCCCGAAGAAUUUACAACAAACUUGAAGUGGUAUGCAGAUGUGGAUCACGUGUACGGAUGUCUUCAAACCGGCGGUAAUCACUGGGUGGCGUUUCACGUGGAUCUGAUCAAGGAGAAGAUAGAUUGCUACGAUCCAAUCUAUGGAGAGUCAACACCCGAAAGUGAGCAAAAAAUGCUAAAUGCUUUUAGACCUCUACUGGAGAUGCUUCCCUGGAUGUUGAAUGAGCUUAUUCCUGCCGAUCUCCGAAAGCAUUCUAGGAAGAGGUUCGCAUUCAGACGGAGGAGCAAAAGAUACAUUCCACAAAACAACAUGUCAGGUGAUUGUGGGGUUUAUUCGUUGAAGUUUGUGGAGUGUCUAGCGCUUGGUGUAACUUUUGAUGGCAUAAACGAUAGUAAUAUUCAAGGGUUACGGGUGAAGAUGGCAGCAGAUAUCCUCGAGGAAGGAGGAAAUGUUGGAAUGAACAAUUUGUUUUCAUAA